CCGACCACUUCGGGCCCGUUCGGCGACCUUCGGCCCUCCUCGGACCCCUCGUGGUCCCUGCGGUUUUGGCGGUUUUGGCGGUCCUCGCGGUCGUGGCGGUCGCCUCGACCCCGGAACCGGACCUACGGGACGUCCGGUCCCAUGGACCCGCGCCAACCGGAGGAACGGGCUCUCGGCGACGGCGUUCCGAGUGGGCCCGACUGGUGAAGCCCACGACGAGGGACGCGACCGGAAAAGUGGCGAGCAGCGGCGAGAAGCUUCCGGACCGACGGCUGGUCACGGACUGGUUCGCGAUCUAGUGAGGAAGAGGGAUCGACCGGAUCGCCGAAGGGUCCCGCAGGUGAUUUUGGGCCCGACCGUCGACGUCGACGACGACGAUUCGGGGCAGAGGCCGUGAGUUCCGAUCUGCCGUCUCUCCAGCAGUUUGUUUUGUUUACGAUUCGCCGGGCCUGCUAGCGGUGCCAGAGUCGUGGGUUCGACUCGCGUGGUUCGCGAUCGGCCGUGUGUCGUGUGUGUUCCCCUCUUUCCCCUCGUUAUCUCCGGGCUUCCCGUCACCUUUCUUGUUUACUCUUCGCCGUUUGCGGUUCCGGUUCAGUUGGACCCUUACCGGUGAGUUCCGGGAGCUGGGCCAGUGCGUGGCGUGGUUGGCGAGAGAUGAUCUUCUUUGUCUCCGGUCUCGCCGUUCUCUUUGUCACGGAGUCCGCGGGGAGAUUUGGCUCUUCCUGAGGUGGGAUUUUCGAAUUCCGGGAGGAUGAGGACCCCUGAUAUCUUCACGUUGGACGUCGCUUUCGGUGGGCACGGGGCAUCGGGACGAGGGUUCGAGCCGAACGUCUAGAGGACUCGAAGAGGCGACCCGGGGCAAAACUAUGAUCAGUCCCUGUGGGUCCCUGAGAGUGGUGCUCGAGCCCGGCCCCUUAGGACCCUCAGGGUCCAGACCACGCGACGCCGAGUCGUCCCAGCAUCCGCGGCAGCAGCUCCUCGUCACCUGGACGACCCAUCGCAUAAUGCUCCAUGCAGCCGGGAGCUGGAACCCGGAUUGCUUUUCGGAGAAGCCGCAUGAAAGGACGUCCUUGUAACGCUUCGGAAGAACCCGCAGGCUAACCCCUGAAAUAGAAGUCGACGGACCCCCGACCCGGAGUAGGUGACCCCAAACCUCGCCUGCAAAGUUCGAUGGAGACGACGCUCUGGCGGUCAUCCUUAACGACUCGCAAGCCACGACCCCGGUUUCCGAAGCUCGUCCAGCAGCUGCCCUCGGUUUCUGGCCCCAGGCGAAGAGACCCCCUCGAAAUAUCCCGGAGUCUGCCCUCGAUAGAACCACUUCGACGAAGGAUCCCUUUCCAACGCUCUGGCGAAAAACCCCUGUCCCGAGGAACUGGGACGCAAGAACCGAAAGAGCACAUCUCAAGACUUUCCCAAACUUCGAGAUAGACCCCUCGUCGAAGCACGUCCACUCGAUUCCCCGAUUGCGUUGACGGAACUCGAGGAAAGCGACGACGGAGGCUAUCCCGCGGUUCCGGAGGACGAGCGAUCCGGACUGGUCCAACGACACCCACAAACGGCGUCGAGCUGCAAACCUAGGGUCACCGUGCAUCGAUAAACAUGCCUCGUUCGAGCUUCCAGACCUAAAGAUAGCCCUGGGCUGUCCGUUGCCAACCGAGCCGAGAACAAAGUUAACGUCGCCGGUGGCGGCGACCGUCCCAACACCCGGGAGUAUGCCCCUUUCGAAAUCCUGCUACUCGUCCAGAGGAGCGAUCGAGGUCGGCCAGUGGGAGUCAUCCGGUAGUUUUUGGAAAUGCCUCCAGUAGUUCUCGGGGAGAACCGACCUUGCUUUUGUCUCGGAUUCGUCGCCCGGGGAGGAUCGGGCAUCGGCUGCUGAUCCCAUCGCCCCGGCAACGGGAAUUUGUUGAUCCAGGGUGCUGCUCGUCGGAAGAUCGAAGCCGGCGGCUAGGGGAAGGAAGUGGAGGGAAUUUGUGACGUGUCGUGAUCCACUUGUCGUCCCCGGCGACGGGAUAUACGUGAACUGUCGCGGUUGGUCGGGUCACGUGGUUACACGCGGUUUCCGACGCCAUCUUGAGAGCGAGUUCCGCUAGUGGUGCGCGAUCACGAAAACUCGAAAACAUUAGUGGCCCACGGGAAAAUGAGGAGAUCCUGUUUGUCCUUCAUCUCAAGAGUGACAGUGGGCUAGUGGACACGGAUCCGAGUCGAGUUAGCAGCAUGACGGCCAUUAACUCGGGUCCGGUCGGGGAGGUGGGCGGCGUCCGGCUGCCGUUGCAGUCGCUGCAUGGAUACGGAUCCGUGUUCAUGUACUCCGCCUCGACGAGUCCUGGUGGCGGAGGCGGCGGAGGCGGUGGAGGCGGCGGAGGCGAGGUGACCCUCCGCCUCCGCGAACCCGAGGACAUUCCCGAGGAGGUGCUCGCUCGCCUCGAGGACACCGCCACCCUCUCCAUUUCCCUCCAAGGCGACGCGGUCCUGAGGUUAGGGGCGGCUGGCACAGGAAGUGGAAAUCUGGAAUUGUUCGAUAGCGAGAGCGGGCCGGACCUCACGCUAUCACCUCAGACCUUCACAUCCACGGCAGAGGCCUUCAUCAACGACAAUAGCGACAGUCUCGGGGUGCCUGGUGACAAUGACACGGGGAGUAGCGAGGAGUCCAGAACGGGUGGAGGGGAUCCUGGAAAGCUCGGCGUGAAGAAACCGAGACCGAAAGCUUCCUCGCCCAACAGGCAAGGACCUCAACAGUGCCAGGUGUGCGGCAAGGUGUUCAACAACGCAUCCGCCCUCACGAAGCACAAGCUGACGCACAGCGACGAGCGGAAGUACGUCUGCACGAUAUGCGGCAAAGCGUUCAAGCGGCAGGACCACUUGAACGGUCACAUGUUGACGCAUCGUAACAAAAAACCGUACGAGUGCAAGGCCGAGGGCUGCGGAAAGUCCUACUGCGACGCGAGAAGUUUGAGAAGACACACGGAGAAUCACCACGCUGGGAGCAAGGUCAACGAGAGCAGUCCCAGCAGCCCGACCACUGGUCCACACACCCCCAACACGCCGACCAGCAACCCCAGCACGCCCAGCACACCGGGGACCACGGCGACCCAGAAUGGCCACACUGCCCUCAAACAACUUCUGUCCACGGAGCCGACCCAGGUUCACCAGCACAAGAGCGCCACGUCACCAGGCGCCAGCAAUGACUGCCUGACGACGCAGCAACUGGAGCUGAUACAGCAGAUCAUGCAGCAGACACAGCAACAGCCCAGCACCCAGCAGCACGCGACGCCGGCGGCCGCCGUCGCGACGCAGACGAAGACCCCGAAGACCCCCGUGAAGACGACACCGUCUCCGGGUGCGACGCCGACAACAGGGACCUCCGGGAACACCGCGGGUGCAGGGUCCAGCCCCAAGCCCAAAGUCUGGAACCAUGGCCAGCAACAGCAGCAGCAGCAACACCAACAGCAGCAGCACCAGCACCCCCAGCACCAACCGCACCAGCAGCCGCAGCAGCAGCAGCCCCAGCAGCAGGCCAACUCGCCAGGAAGCGUCAACGGCGGCAAGGCCAGUCCCGCGCCCAACAACACCUCUUCUCCUGGAGCGACCAACAAGACCCAGGGCGAACCCAAGCCCGUCGAGUGCAACCUCUGCAGGAGGACCUUCAAGAACAUCCCUGCUCUCAAUGGCCACAUGAGACUUCACGGCGGCUACUUCAAAAAGGAUGCCGAGAACAAGAAGAGCGAGAAGAGGGAAGUGGUCGGUCCACCCUUGCAGACAGCUUCCGUGAGCGUGAGAGCGCUCAUCGAGGAGAAGAUCAUCCAGAAAAGAACAACCGCGGCGGACCCCAACGCCGCGCAGGCUCGAGCCAACAACGCCACCUUCGGUCCUCAAACCGACAAUGCCCCCCAUACAAUGGGCAAAACGAAUUUCGCGGUGCCUGCGCCGCCUCCGUUGGCAGCAGGUGAGAAGGUACGUCGACAUUCUGACAGCGAGCACUUCCGCCAGCCGAACGUGACGGUGACGAGUCAUGCAGCGGUGCAGAAGCAGCUACAAGAAGCCCAGACCCAGGCGCAAGCGCAGGCGUUGGCGGAUAUGAUCCUGAAGGGCACGACGAAGAUGGCAGUGACGAGAGGCGCCACCGAUUCCGGCCAAAGGAUGCAGAUGACGUAUCAGCCGACCGCCAACCAACAACAGUCGCAACAGCAACAGCCCCAACAGCAAGCCCAGCCUCCGCAACAGCAACAGCCGCAACAACAGCAGCAGACUCAGAACCAGGUCCAACCCAACGUCACGGAAAGCUUCACUAUGACGGGAUACUCGGAAGAUGGAGGGUACUUUAGUCCCAGUCUCCAGGAUGAAGUCUUCCAGCAGGUCACGGCGGUCCCGGACAGCGUUCUUCUUCACGCCACGCAGUUGGACUCGAUUCAGUUCCAGACAGCCAGUCUGCUCCAGGAUCAGACCGCGCAACAAUUGCCGGAUAUCUCUUUGGAGGACCGCUUUCCUUCCCAACAUACGGUCAAUCCAGUGCUCCAGGCGUUAGUCAACUCGCCGUUGCCGGACUCCUUGGCGGAGUUCAGCACCUAUGGAGCGCAAUAUACGGAAAGUCCGCACACGCUUCCAACGCAGUCACCACUACCAUCUCCUCUGACGCGGCACGACAGUCCUAGUUUCACCUACCCGACUCCACCAGCCAGUCAAGAGGGGCUUUUGACGGGGAGCCUGCCACUGUUGAGUCCCCAAGAAGACCCCGACAGCGUCAGACAAGUAUCCUCGCCCUUGUCGGCGGCUUACUACACGACGACCAUGUCUUCUGCAGCGGCCAUCGAGGAGGCCCUGAGCGAGGUGCUGCCAGGAGAGUCGGAGAACGACACCGACCUGUAUGGCAGUUCGCCCAAUCCACACUCGCCGCUGCCAAGUCCAUUGUCGGCAACCCCGGCGCCGUCUCCGCUGUCGUCUCUACCGCCAUCGUCGGUGUCAUCUCCAGGCCCAGCCGCAUUCUCCAGUUCGAGCUUCCCCGUGUCCCCACACCAUGCUCUGCAGAACCAGAUGAUGCCCAACUCGGAGGACCCGCUGCUAUCGUCCAGUCCAAAGGACUUCUCGGCAGGCCGCAAGAAGUUCGAGUUCCAGUCCUACAAGCUGAUCACCAGCCAGAAUCUCAUGGACUUCGGUCUGGGUAACGGCAGCCUGGCUGGCAUCGUCGUGGACAAUGGAGAGUUCAAGCUCAUCCAGACAGCUGGACUGCAGAAAGCGAACGUCCUGUUACCAGCGGGGACGCUGAGCCCUGCUCUUGCGUUCAGGAAAGAGAUUCGUUUGGCCACGCCAAAGGUCGAGCCUGGGACCGUCAACGUCGCCUCCGCAGCGCUGAAUAUUCAAACUCAGUAUCAGAAUAAUCAGGUGCACCAGCACGCCAUCAACCCGGCCAAGUUUCUCAUCCAGACGAGCCACUCCGUGAAGAACUCCCUAAAGCACAAGACCAUCGGGAACCUGCCGAUCCCGGUUGAGCAGAUCAAGGAGGAGUUCCUGGACGAAGACGUGUUCCUCAGUCCCACCAGCAUCCCUGCCAGCCCCAUCAGGCAGUCCAGGAAGAGGCAAAGGAUCGACGGACACUAUUCCAACUCUCACUCGUAUCCUUCGAGGCUGAGAAGAGCCUGCGACAGACACUGGGACAGCAGCUACACCCCACCGCCCAUCCUGGACCCCUCAAGACCCGGUCCAGGCCUCUACGCUAGACUCCACCAACACGAGAGGGAAUCGGAAUUCAGCUCCGAUGAUUCCCAAGGGAACGAUGGACCUCCUCCCAGGAUUAAUAUUGGCACCAGGUACCAGGCGACGAUACCGCUUCUGGGCAGCGACGGGGAUCGAGGAAGAGGAGGUCCAGAUGCCGAUCAUCUCCUCUGGGACCCUGGCAUAAAUAACGAGCUCACUAACAACGAACUUGAGAUGUACUUACAAUUCGCCUGCUGUGCAGCCGUACCUGGCGGAGGGAGGAACAAGGAGUACGCUCUUCACCUCCUGCACAUGUGCAAGGGCAACAUUCACGAAGCGAUGCUGAAGCUUAUGAGACCGACUCCUACGUUGCCGGCCGAGCAUCCUCUGCUCAGCUAUGAGUGUCACGAAUCCGAUCGAUGGACGCUUCACGAGAUGGACAUGUUUCACCAAGGGCUGAUGAAGUACAACAAGAACUUCUCCGGGAUAUCUCGGGACGUGGGCACCAAGUCUGCGAAACAAUGCGUGCAAUUCUACUACCUCUGGAAGAGGCUCUGCCCUGACGAGUACAAAAGGGUAAGGGCGCGCCAUGGAAAACCAAAGAUCAAAAGCGAGAGCAAGGAAUGCAAGGACACAAAGGACACCAGGGAACUAAGGGACGCCAUUGCCUCCGUCACGGAGAUGGACUUCAGCGAGGAGAAAUCAAUUCUCCAUCGCACCUUGUUGCAGACGAACGAAAGGGAGAGCUCGGCAACCCUGACGACUAGCGAAGGAGAGCUGAGGUUAUUCGCAUACGACUGUUCCGAUAGCUUUAGCGGAAGUGUAACAGUAACGAUGGCUGGGAGCACCCAAACCGCCCAAGCCGGCAAUACCGGCCGCGCCACAGUCAACACCAACUCACAAACUCACACUAGUACUACCGAGCAACUACCCGUGUCCACCCCACUUCACUACCCCUGCAAGAUUUGCGGGAAAGUUUUCAACAAAGUGAAAAGCAGAAGUGCCCACAUGAAGUCUCAUCGACCAAUGCCCUCGCCCGAUUCAACGGGUCAGGAAUGUAAGAGGCAGCAAUCCGGCGCUGCACAGCAACAGCAGCAGCAGCAAGCCCAACAAGCGCACCAAGCGCUGCAGCAGCACGUGCAUCAGGCACUGCAACAGCAACAACAGCAGCCUCAGCAUACUCUGCAGCAGCAGCAACAGAGCAACGGCGCCUCCCAGCAGGGCCAAGACUAUCAACAGCAACAAAUGACGUCCAGCGUCGCGGACACCAUUGGUCGAGGGGCCAACCAAUCAUGGCACAACCCUACCAGGCUCAGGCCCCCAUAGGAAUCGUGACAGGCUAUACUUAAGUUACCUUAACGAAGGCUGUUAAGACGGUGCGAUAGUACGACGCAGGGUGCACGAAAAUCCGUUAGCUGAUACCUCCAGGCUAAUAAACACCGUGCGAACCGUGUCGUUCCGUCGAGAUUAGUCGAGUAGACCUAGGGAAUCUAGAAAGACCGGCAAUGCGGAUUUCUUUCCCGACUAGGGACCCUACCAAAGCUGGAAGAAAGAGCUGGAUGAGAGCCCUAGUCAGGGAAGGCCUCCCUCACUCGAGGCAGGCAACAGGGCCUAUUUUGGGGCCCCUCGUUUACCUGAUAAAACGUUAACUAAUUUAUGCGGCCCCUCGGCCGCGGAACUAACAAAAGGGUACCUCUUCGACUAACGAAAAUGCCAAGGCGUGCACAAAUCCGAGUAUUUCUUUUUAAGUCCGCAAGUAAGCCUAUAGGGAGAGUGGACCUUCGGAGCGGGGCGAGCCGAGCACCGCUCGGUCUAGGAGGACAGGGUAAAUUAUCGCCGGCAGACUUUUCCCCGCGACGGGUACCCGGAGAUGAAUCUCGCAGGGGGUGAUGGAGACCAGGAGGAAGCUAGUGGAAAAAAUCCCGUCGAAAUCGGCCCAAGGGGAGCCGCGCACUACGCGGAAAACGAGAGCCGGCCUACGGAGCGGUGGCGCCUUCUCGGGGGAUGCCUCGGAACUAAACGGAACGGACCUCGGCCGACUCUUCGCGAGCGACGGACGCCGCUCGGACGUCGAGGUGAGCCGACGGAAGAUAUAGCUUCGAUUAUCUAUAGAAAUAAUGUAUUAUAAGAGCGGGCGCGAGCUCGCUGACUGUGCCACAAGACACUACUGUUACCUGUUACGUCUUUCUCAGUACUUCGACGUCCUUAACUUAUUUAAAGGGUUCCUUUGUUUUCCUCGACUAGUCGACUUGAGCCCGUCAGUGGAUCCCCCAAAUUCUCAAGGACGUCGGAAAGGCGGGCUUAGGUGCCUCCCGAGACGCGGUUAUGAAAACUCGUUUCAGUCGUAAGGGAACUUUGGGAAGAGGGCCAUUUUUAUACGAUUCUUCUUACGGAUCCGAGAGGAUGAGGACCCGAGAUCUACUCGGACAAUUCAAAGUAUUUAUUUAAUUACCUGAAAGAACCGCUUCACCUUUCGUACUCGGUGUUCGUCGAACAUUUACGCUCCGGUUCACCCCUCGUGCAAACGGAAUUCGUUUUAACCUCAACCCUUCAACUUCACGGGGUUUCCUUACGAGAGGGAAUCCUAUUGGACUGAUCUUUACAAAGUAAUCGCCUAAUCGAUUAGCGUGCUUCGGCUGUGAAUUUAUACGUAGAAAGGAACUCGCCUUUCCAACGACGUGCCCGAGGUGACUUCGUAAUUGGAGAACGACUCAAAAUUGUAGAAAUAAUUCAUCGCGCGUUGAAAACCUCUUCUAGAGCCAGUCUUUCGCUCAAUGGAGAAAGAGGCGCCACGUUUAAUGUACUUUACGAUAAUCGUAGCGCGGGAUGGCACAAGUGGAAUCCAUCGUAAUUCCGCAACCGACUCGGAAACGUACCUCGUGCUUUCCGAUAGGGAUCCUGUGCCAUCCCUCCCCCCUUCCCUAAGACAAUCCGUUGACUUUAAAUUAAUGUGAGUUACGUGCUUUGGUAUUUAACGGUAAGCUAGACGUUUAAAAGGGCGUUUCCUUCUCCCCGAGACGAAAUUCGGGCGAAAUGCAGGAACUCAAUUGACUUCCUUGAAUCACCUGAGGUCUAAGAUACAGGUUCUCAAGUCGGCGAAAGAAGGAUUAGGUACUUCCUCGUACGCUCGUUCUAAGUGUACUUUAGUUAAUUAGUCGAAACCUCGCUGGCAAGGAAGUUGCGCUAUCCAGGAAUUUCGAUUCGGGGGUUAAUUAAAGAAAAAAAAGAAAAGAAGAUUUACUAAUACAUAAACAGGUAAAGAAAAUUUUCUUCUCGUGGAAGGAUUUCUCCUCCAACAGAUUUUUUAUCUUCGUCUCGCGUAUUGCUUCGCAGAUUUUCGACGUUUCCCUCGAAUUCGAAUUUUCGGGGUGCGAGGUUCCCUUGCCGACAAGGGAAAUUGUUAAAAGUCCCCGCGACCAUUUUCGCCGGCCUAGUUUCGUUACCUCUGUUAAUUAAAAUACGCUGCGACGAUAUUUGAUUGACUAGAUUUUAAUAUAUGAAUCUCGACGUAGCCGAUUAAGUAUCAUUUCUAGUAUACAAAGAGAGAGAGAAAGAGGGAGGCGAUUAGUCCUCUACGAAAGUUGUUCAAGUUUCACUCCGCAGGUUUCGGCGUCGCCGACACUGGGUGUUCUAUAUAUAUAUAGAAAGAGAGCGGCUCUGUAUACUCGCGUAGUAUGUAAUGCAGAUGUACACACGUAGGCACACUCACAUCCGUACUUGGACUCGGUAAGAAAGUGACACGCGUGCACAGGACGCACACGCACACGGGAAUACGACCUAAUGUUUUCCAGUGUGACCGCCGCGUUAGUUAAGCGAUCGUUAAUUUAGCUCACCUGUACAUACUACGUGUACAUGCCUGUACAUAGUACUUGAAUGUCUGUAUGUACGUACAAUUGGAACGGAUUUAACGGCAAAUCAUUUAGGCUAGGUUCCUAGGUUGUUUUAGGAGGGUUCUAUAUAUAUAUUAAAUAUGUACCUACAUAUAUACGUAUAUAUGUAUGUAUAUAUACUCGGCUUGGUUUUUCUACCUUACUGAGGCCUACGUGGCGAGACUCUUGCAAACACAAUGUCGGGUCGUACGUUUUUCAAUUUUACUUGGCGAGCCUGGUUUUACCCCUAGACAAUGAUCAAGGCGACGUUUCUGCGCCCGAUGAGACGGAAGGCCGAACUCGACGCCGCGCGGCGGCCAUCUUGGUUUCGCCUCCGGUACCAAAAUGGCCGCCGCGACGUCGCACAACCAAGAAAGGGCGUUUCGUCCGAUCUGGCUGCGGUUUUGGCAAAUUAAACUCGAGUUAACUCAAACUCAGUGGUGCUAAGUCGGGGCGUCGUUUCGGGAGCAUUUUUUUCUUUUUUUUCUACGCGAGAGGGGAAUACGAGACGCGCAUAGCUCAAUUCUAAACCGUAACUCUUAACGGUGUAGUGUAAACGUUGUCGAUAUACGUAUAUCAAGUUUCGUUCGAGGAAACUCUAAAUUGUUGUUCAAGAGGUUUGCCAAUCGUAGACGCGAUAGCUCUCUACUACCUUCUAAGAGUAUUGUUAUUCCUUGUUAAACGCUCGUCCUAAUGACUUUUACCUUUAAAACGAGAAACGCGCUGUAAAUUUUAUAACUUUAACCCUCUCUCCCCCGUACCGCCGGGGCACUAUUAAGGCGACCUCCUCGCCUCCGAUUGACUCUCCUCGAAAUCGGCCACCUACGUAUCUUCUACUUUUUCCUAGAGACCCUCGCGGACACGGCAAAGCCAAUCGAGAAUUCGUUUAGACGAGUCGAAGGAGUCUUCGGUCUCUCGUCUGACCUUCCGACCAUUAUCUUCCACUAACUCGUCCUUAACGUGCGUCUGUUUUUCUCCGAAAUGCUUCAGCCCCUCCUUCCAUGCCUGAUCUAACUAGACCUUACUAAAUGAAAAUCAAAUUGUCCGGCCACACAGAGAAUAUUAUCUGAAUUAUUCGUUAAUUUACAGAUCAGACCCGCGAUUAAAGGAGGAGCGAAAAAAGGGCGUGUAUCGAUGAUAUUAACAUUUACCGUUGACUCCGGCUAAUUUUUCACUCAAUUUACCCGUACAUCGAUGACCGUUCGUGGGAAUGAGUUUUUCUCGGUUCUUAGUAUCGAGUUAUUACGAUUGAGUUAUGAAAUUAAUUCUAUUAACUUAUUCAGUUACGCUGUUCCUGUACAUUUAGUAGAUGUCUAAUGCAUAAACUAAGAGAUACGUAUUCGUGUAUUUAUUUAUUUAUUGAUUAACUUAUUUAUUUAUUCUCGCGAUGAUGCGCCCUUGAGAUUACUCCUUUGCAAUUUUGCAGUUACAGACGUUGCGAGAUUCAGGAAAAAAAAUAUAUUAUUCUGCUUAACAGCCUCCAGUGUGUCGGAAACCGGGGAUAGGUAUAGAGAAGGUCUAUUGUACUUUAGGUAAGAUUAUAUACCUUGGAUCUUAAAGUUAGUUCAUUUAAGGAGUAAAAUUGUUACGAAUUCCGACCAUAAGGCUCGGGGUGUAGGUCGAAAGCAACAAAAUUAGCAGACAUAUCAUUUAAGACAAUACACUUGUUACGGAAACUAAGUUUCUACUAAUAUAAUUAUUAUUGUACGUAAUAUAACUCUUAUAAACAGGCUUAGAGAUUCAAGGGCAUCGGUAUAGUUAGUGGAAAAAUAAUCAAAGCAGGAAAGUAUUGGCUCAAGUUCGGAAGAAUUAUUUAUGUACAAUUGUGUGGAUGUUUUAGAAAAUGUAUCCAAUGAUGUUCGGUAAUACAAUUUUGUUAAAACUUUUGUCAGUACUUCGAAUGGAUAAAAGGCUUUAAUUUGACUUAAUUUAUUGUUCGAACGAAGUCAUUUAAUGGGAAAUAUAUUUAUGAAAAUGAUUUCUGCUCCGAGCUUGAAGCAGUAAGGAUGUAGAAUGUCUUUUCGAAAACCACUGGAGGCUGUCUGACCAGAAAAAGGUGCAGAUACAUAUAAACGAAGCAAUGAAACAGUAACGAAGAUACGCAUGAAUUGUACAAACGAGUCCCUCCACGUCACAGAAAAAUAAUAAUGAUAUAUAUAUAUGGAAAAAUAUAUAUAUAACAAAAUGAUAAAUAUGUGAUGUAUUUAAAUGGUAUGUGGUAUAUGGUAUUACGUAUUUGUACAUAGAAAGACCCGUGCCAUCAACUAGUGAGCUGUACCGAUAUUCCAAUGACGUCGAAUUACGAGUGACGGAUAAUUGUCAAUAUGUUAAACAAUUUCCCAAAUUAUUCUUUACCAUUAAUAAAAAUUGCAGUGGAAUUAAUUUUUGCAGUUCUCUCGAUACGUGAAAAAUCUUGAAUUCAUGCUACAUUUCGUUAAUUACGUUUCUCUUUCGAUACUUUUUUUUUAUAUUGUAAUCAUUCCACGCCUCAUUAAUAACUGAUUCCGCUGUAGGUUUAUCUAUGAUUGUUUAAAAUAUUGUCGAACGAGUCGCACCGAUUCGACUGCGAUGGGAAGUAUUGGUACAACUCAAUGAAGAAAGUGUAGCGUGGUUGUACACCUGAGGAAUAUGCUCAAAAUACUGUAUUAAAGAGAAAAAAAGUCUACUAAAGAAUCAUCAACGUUUAUGCGAAAUUACUCUUAACGAAUGAAAACGUUAUUACGGAUUAUCGAUAUAUCGUAAUCUAUUGUCCUCUUACCUAUUACCUACUUUAAUGUCUAUCUCUAUACGCCAGCAUGGUUCUUUAUACUCUUCUAUUUGAUGUUAUACUAUUCUCUAUUAACUUUUACUAUUAAACGUAUUGUUAAUAGUGUUUUUGAAGUAAAUGGAGCUUGGCCAGCUGUAGUGUAGUCACGAUUAUUGUCGUGUUUGCAGGAUCAAAAAAGUCACUCGCAAAUCCCUCGGGGUAUUCUAAAGAGAGAUUCUCGAAUUUCUCCUAUCACCGAUACUAAAGUUUCGUGAUAAUCCUACGCACAAGUUUUCGAUUGUUUACUGUACAAGGUGGAGGAUCGGCGGAUAGUUUAUGCUCGACGAUAUUUAUUUUCAUACGUAUGAAAAAUUUAUCGGCGCCGGCAAACAUUUUCCAUGACUUCUCGUAAGACCCCAUCUUGCGUAUUCGGCCGAUACAUUUUGCACACUUUUUGACAGGAUUUUAUACUCUCUCUAGCAACAUUUCUAAUCAUUACGUGCCGAACUUUGACAUCACUGCGCCGGACAUCACAUUAAAUGGAAACACAUAAGUGGCGACUAUUUCGUCGAUUAGACUUUUAGGCCCGUGUCAGCCCUCGUUUUUUAUUCCUUAUGUAAGACCUUUUAUUUAAAUGUUGUGCAUUGUAUAAGUUACGGAUACAUAAAUUUGAUUUUAUUAUUUCCUA